AUGAUUGAAAAAGAUAGGAAGAGGAUGAAUGAACGAUCGAUGAUAAUGAUGAUCGACCGGCAUAUGGGAGCUGAUGAUUAUUAUGAAUAUUUAAGUGCGUGUCGUAAAAAGAAUAGCAGGAUAUUACAUACAAAUAGUGGUGUAAAAUGUGAAAAAGGUAUUCAAGUUGCUUUGGGACGAUUCCGUAAUGCUGUCAACGAGACAGGGUGGGGUAUCUUGGAAGUGGAAACAUUUAAUGGUGUCGAUGAAAUCACUCAGUCAUUUGCUGCUGGACUUCUUGAAGGUAUUCUAACGCGACAAUUGAUAACAUAUCAUUUUCGUAAUACGAUAGAAGAAAUGUGUGAUGACGAAGAAGAAUAUUGCAAGAAGCUUUUUGCCUAUUUAUCCAAAAAUUUAGAAUGGAUCAAAAAGUCUGUGAUAAGUAAGAAAACAGAAAUGGACCUCUACUGGAAACAGGUGAAUCUAACAUUUGCUCAACUAACAGGAAUAAAUUAUGGAUAUUUGAAGAAAACAUCUACCAUGUAUAAACCGAUAGUUUCGUUUGAACUUACACCAAUUUACCUGAUUCAGCUUUUUGGUGACUUCAUUGAUUUGGGAAAGAUGUUUGGCAAAAAUAAAACUGAUGCAAGCCAUUGUUCCGGUUUGGUAAAAUUAGCUGCCGAUAAUGCUGAUUUAUUUGUCGCUCAUGUUACCAUGUCCGGUUAUGAAACGAUGAAUCGAAUUCUUAAAUUUUACAAAUUUGCAUUUGAUAAAAAAAAAAUACCCGGUUAUGCGACAUCUUUCUCAUCAUAUCCUGGUGCUCUUACUUCAUUGGAUGACUUUGUCCUUGCAAGCUCUGGAUUGGGAAUAAUUGAAACGACAAUAAGUAUAUUCAAUCAAUCGUUGUAUGAUGCUGUCAGAAGUGAUGGACAAUUGCAUUGUUGGAUUCGUAGUUUUAUUGCUACAAGGCUUGCAAAUACCGCAAAACAAUGGAUGCAAAUAUUUGCACAAUAUAACUCGGGUACUUAUAAUAAUCAGUGGACUGUAGUUGAUUAUAAAUUGUUCAAACCGAAGGAAGAACUUCCGACUAAAAAUCUUUUAUGGGUUUUAGAACAGGCACCGGGACUAGUGAUUUCUCACGAUAUGACAUGGUUCUUGAAAAAAUACACGUAUUGGCCAAGUUAUAAUAUUCCGUAUUUUAAAACAAUCAGUGAAAUAAGUGGUUUCGAACAAAAGGGUCAAUUAUCAGAUUGGUAUAAAUGGGAAAGCAGUCCACGUGCAAAAAUUUUCAGACGUGACCACGACAAAGUUACGAAUUUGGAUAGUUUGCAAAAAUUAAUGAGAUACAAUGAUUAUAAGCAUGAAAAAUUCAGCAAAUGUAAAUGCAUACCACCAUAUUCAGCAGAAGCAAGCAUCUCAACACGUGGAGAUUUGAAUCCACGCAAUGGUACAUAUGAAAUUAAAGCAAUGGGUCAUCGAAAUCAUGGGGGCAUAGAUUACAAAGGAACAAAUUAUCAAUUGUUCAAGAAUCUUCGUUUUAAAGCAUGGGGUGGACCAACUUAUGAUCCUCUUCCUGCCUUCAGCUGGGCUACAACAGAUAUUCAAGCAAAGCAUUAUGGUCAGCCAACGGUAUGGCAAUUCAAGGAAAUGGAAACACAAUGGAAAACUACUCUACCGUAA